AUGCAGCCCCACUGGCUGCCCGCAGGCCUGCAGGAAAGCCACAAGUUCGCAGUGCGGCCCGGAGACCACAGCUACCAGUUUGCCCCCAAAGUGGUGCGGGGGGUGCUGCUGCGGAUAACAGGCAAAAGGUCCCUAGACACCUCGGCGGGCACGGGGGGCUCUCUCGCCUUCAUUGGAGUGCCGUGCGUGCAGAAAAAAGAGCCGGAAGAAGAAAAAGAAAAAUACGACGAAGUCAAAAUUGUGUUUGGAGAAUCAGUUUCGGGUUUUGUGCCGGCGGGGUUUCAACAAGAUGACGGAUCGCCGAAGGCCGCGCACUUCCCGUUCGCCUUCGGCUGGGACCACCGCGCGGUGUCUGUACACCCCAAAGACUGCAGCAGCAACUUGCUGCUGCAGCGCAGCGGCGUUUCUUUUCCGCAGCAAAACUGCACUGCAGCAGAACUUUGUUCUCCCCUGAUUGACUGCGACUACCCGAACGGCUGGUCCAUAGACAUGCGCUCGCUCGGCCAGUAUCUCGUCACCGUCGAAGUGGGGGCCCCUUGUGGAGAUCUGCUGCUCACAAACUUGAAAGUUAAUGAAGUGUCUUUUGUGGCCAACGAGCUGCUGCAUGCGGGCCAGUACACCAAGGUUGUGGGCCAGAUCACCCUCACCUCCUCCCCCACGAUACGGCUGACGUCAGACACGCGCGUCACUUUGCAAGCAGUUCAUAUUCAAAAGAUUCGCCCCACAACGCAGCAGCAGCAGCAGCAGCAGCAGCAGCAGCAGCAGCAGGCAGAGCCCGUGACGCCUGUCAAAUGA